ACUGCGCAUGCUCACUGCGCAGCGGCGGCCAUGUUGGAGCCACAGCGGACUCGGGCUGCGAUUUUCUGACGCCGUAUUGUUUUGGUUUUUUUAAUCUGUGCAAAACAACAAGCGUUCGUUGGGUGGCUCGCGUCUGUUCACCUGCGCCGCACUCGGCCGUAGGGGAUGAUGAACUCCAGCGUGGACCUGUCCCGGAGGAAUCCGCAGGAGGACUUCGAGCUGAUCCAGCGGAUAGGAAGCGGCACAUACGGAGAUGUGUACAAGGCUCGUAAUGUCAACACAGGAGAGCUGGCUGCUAUCAAAGUCAUCAAACUGGAACCAGGCGAGGACUUUGCUGUGGUCCAGCAGGAGAUCAUAAUGAUGAAGGACUGUAAGCACUCCAACAUCGUGGCCUACUUCGGCAGUUACCUCCGGAGAGAUAAAUUAUGGAUCAGUAUGGAGUACUGUGGAGGAGGCUCCCUGCAGGACAUCUACCACGUGACCGGGCCGCUGUCAGAGUCUCAGAUAGCCUACAUGUCCCGGGAGACCCUCCAGGGUUUAUACUACCUACACAAUAAAGGCAAAAUGCACAGAGACAUCAAGGGCGCCAACAUCCUGCUGACGGACAACGGCUACGUUAAACUAGCUGACUUCGGUGUGUCGGCUCAGAUCACAGCCACUCUGGCCAAGAGGAAGUCCUUCAUUGGAACUCCGUACUGGAUGGCUCCAGAGGUGGCAGCAGUAGAGAGGAAAGGAGGUUACAACCAGCUGUGUGACAUCUGGGCUGUGGGCAUUACUGCAAUAGAGCUGGCUGAGCUGCAGCCCCCCAUGUUCGACCUGCACCCCAUGAGGGCUCUCUUCCUCAUGACCAAGAGCAAUUUCCAGCCUCCUAAGUUGAAAGAUAAAGUCAAGUGGACGAACAACUUCCACCAUUUUGUCAAACUGUCGCUCACCAAGAACCCGAAGAAGAGGCCCACGGCUGAGAAGCUGCUGCAGCACCCUUUCGUGUCUCAGCCCCUCAGCAGGACGUUGGCCAUCGAGCUGCUGGACAAAUCCAACAACCCCGACCACAGCACCUUCAACGACUUUGACAACGACGACCCUGAACCCGAGUCUCCGGUCUCCGUCCCCCAUCGGAUCCGAUCCACCAGCAGGAGCACCAGGGAGGGGAAGACGCUGUCGGAGAUCAACUUUGGCCAAGUGAAGUUUGACCCCCCGCUGAGGAAGGAGACGGCGCCUCACCACGAACCGUGUGAAUCUGAGCCCUAUCUGGACUGUGUUGAGGAGCUCUACUAUACCGCGAGAUCUAAUCUGGACCUGCAGCUGGAGUACGGACACGAUUCUCCACAUCUGCUGGGAGGAAACAAAAGUCUCCUCAAAUCGGUGGAGGAGGAGCUCCAGCAGAGGGGCCAUGUGGCUUACUUAGGGGAUGAUGAUGGUGAGGAUGGUGCAGAUGAUGAUGAAACUCACACUCAUAAAUCGAGCACCAUCAUGAGACCGAAGGUCCCGCCUCCUCUUCCUCCAAAGCCCAAGCCGAUCUGCCCGUCACCACAACAACAACAACAACAACAACCGCCGCAGAAGCCCGACGACAGCCAAUCGCACAGCGAGGACGACGGCGGGGGCGGGACCAUUAAGCGCUGCCCGGAGACGGCGAGCCCCGCCAGGCCCGCCUCCAGCGUGCCCCCGAGGCCGCCGCCCCCCAAGCUGCCGCCCCACCGCCGCAGCAGCCUAGGUAACGACAGCCCGAAGCACGCGGCGGCCGUGGAGAGCGCGGCCCCAGAGGAUGAUGGGAGCUUUAGGCAUUUCUGGGAGUGGCUCCACACGCCUCACACAGAGGAGGAGCUGGAGGAGGCGUGGGAGGUGCUGAAGGAGGGGAAGGAGGAGCAGGAAAAAGAGGAGAAGGAAGAGAGUAACGGGCUGAACACGGCGCCUCAUGGGGGGGAGAGGGACGGUCCGGCAGAGAGACAGUCCACCAUGCCCCCUAGUGUCCCCCUCAGGAAGGACAAGAAGGACGUUCCAAAGCCGAUCAGUAACGGCCUUCCUCCUACGCCUAAAGUUCACAUGGGAGCGUGUUUCUCGAAGGUGUUCAACGGGUGUCCUCUGAAGAUUCACUGCGCCACUUCCUGGAUCAACCCCGACACCAGAGACCAGUACCUGAUAUUCGGGGCUGAGGAGGGAAUCUACACGUUGAACCUUAACGAGCUUCACGAGACCUCGAUGGAACAGCUCUUUCCUCGGAGGUGCACCUGGCUCUACGUCAUGAACAGCUGUCUUCUCUCCAUAUCCGGAAAGGCCUCUCAGCUCUACUCCCACGCUCUGAGCGGCCUGUUCGAGCAGGCCAGGCAGCUGCAGAAGUUACCUGUAGCCAUUCCCACCCACAAGCUGCCCGACAAGAUGAUUCCCAGGAAGUAUGCGGUGUCCAAUAAGAUUCCAGAUACUAAAGGCUGCCAAAAGUGCUGCGUAGUUCGGAACCCGUACACCGGCCACAAGUACCUGUGUGGAGCCUUCCAGUCCAGCGUCAUGCUGCUGGAGUGGGUGGAGUCCAUGCAGAGGUUCAUGCUCAUCAAGAACAUCGACUUCCCGCUGCCGUGUCCUCUGGAGGUCUUUGAGAUGCUGGUGGUCCCGGAGCAGACGUACCCUCUGAUCUGCGUGGCGGUCAGCAAAGGGACCGAACUCAACCAGGUGGUGCGCUUCGGCACCGUCAACCCCAACUCCACCUCCUCCUGGUUCACGGAAGCAAACACCCCACAGACCUGCGUGAUCCACGUCACUCAGCUGGAGAGGGACACCAUCCUGGUCUGCCUGGACCGCUGCAUAAAGAUCGUGAACCUCCAGGGCAGGUUGAAGUCCAGCAGGAAGCUGUCGGCCGAGCUCACCUUCAACUUCCAGAUCGAAGCGACGGUUUGUCUCCAGGACAGCGUUCUGGCCUUCUGGAGGCACGGCAUGCAGGGACGCAGCUUCAAGACCAACGAGAUCACUCAGGAGAUCUCUGACAGCACGCGCAUCUUCAGACUACUGGGGUCAGACAGACGUACCGACUGUAGAGAUCCAGACACCAACAGAGGCGUCGCUCUGCCCAGGGUGGUGGUGCUGGAGAGCAGGCCGACCGACAACCCCACAGCCCACAGUAACCUGUACAUCCUGGCAGGCCACGAAAACAGCUACUGAGACGCUAACACACACACACGCGCACACACACACACACACACGCUUAAACACACACACUCUCUCUGGCCACCACUAAUGAGGCAAACCGGGGGAGACAGACUCACUUCUCGCGACCUUUUACCGCCAAAUCGUCCCGCCGAGCCGCUGGCUUUAGACGCGCGGCGUGUGCACGUAGCGUAGCGCGCGGUAGCGGAGGCGGGGCUUGUCGACUGCUGGUCUGGGUCCAGUUUGACUGGAGGCGGCCGGGAACCGUCCCUGAACGCCGUCCCAUCUUUCCCCUGCGUUCUGCACGCGAGGCGUGACGCCGACACUACUUCUUCUUCUACUGCUCGCUCACAUGCUACGGCUAGCUGCGCUAACGCUAACGAGGAGCCAUCUUGCACAGAAAUCCUUCGGCGUCUCUUUGUCUUCCUCGUCCUCUGGCUCUGCUUUUUUUAUGUUUUUUUAAACACACUUUAUUUAUUGUGGCAUGAUGUACCUUUAACACGCAGGAUGGCGUUUCCUGUCUUUAGUUUUUUUUAAAGGAUAUUAAAGAGAAAGAAGGCUUUGCCACCUGCGCCGUCACCACACAAGUGCUUAAUCCACCUCUAUUUAACUGUUGUACAUAUAAAUGUAGUAUUUUUGACAGAUGAACACUAAAGAAGACGACGUAGGUCACUUAGGUGGCGUGUGUCAGACGGACAUGAUCAUGUGACGAGGGGCUCAGCGACCGUCGGCCAUUUUCACCCAGCGUCACCAUAGAAACGUGCUGCUCGUUUGCGCCGUAGCAACAGUUUCAAACUUACGUGUUUGUUUUUGACAUCCUCCCUUUUAUGCUCUUUUAAUCAGAAAGCAACUUUUUUUAUUUUGUUUUAUUUUUUAUGGAACCACUGGUGUUUAAAGUUUGCACAGAGAAAACGGUGUUUAACAAACAAAUGUGAUGUCAUUAUAAUAUAUGACCGUGUGUGUGUGUGUGUGUGUGUGUGUGUGUGUGUGUGUGACAGAAUAUGCACGACGCACAAGUGCUCCAUAACACAUCUGGUUUUAACAUGUGACCGUUGUGUUUCUGUCGCCCCCUUUGAGAGCUCCAACAGAUAACAACAUUAUAUUAAUACACUAAUUAAAAAACAUUAAUUUAUAUUUAUUCUGCAGAUCGAUAUCUUUAAUCUGUACAGAAGCCCGAUAGUGAUCAUCUAGUUUUCUCUAUUUAUGACUUGAACAGAUGGGAAAGUUUUUAAAAUAAACACUUAGAACAUUGGUUUGUUCCUUCCUCCCCCUUCAGUUAAAAUAAAUAAAUAUACACGUUUUUAAUUGAUUUUGGCAAAACUAAACAUCUGUUCUGACUUCAUAAACUCAAGAGAAAUAUAAAGAAUUACCAGCUGCCUCUCAGGGCUUCUGUACUCAAUUAAAGCGCAAAAAGCCCGGUUCUGUUCCAUGGGUUCUGUAAAGGAGGCAGAAACUCCUCGUGUCUCAGAUAAAGUUCUUAUUUCCAUAGAAGCCAGAACACAUAAACAUUCAAAGUCAAACGCUACUCAGUUCACGAGUUUCUACUCUUUGAAUCCUGAAAUGAGACAUUCUUCAUAUUCGAGUCACUGUCAUCUCUGAAGUUAAUAAAGAUUUAAAGCUUAAACAUCUAAUUGUCAAAAGGGGAACUUUAUUCAGGAAGGAAAGUUGGUUGUUUUUGUUUUAUAACUUUUACCCAACGUCAAAUAUAGAUUCAGAGUUAUAUUCAUAUAAUCCGAUAAUUUAACAAAACAUUUCAAACACGACCAAGAAUACGUAUGAAUAUAAAAUCACAUUUUACUUCUAUUGGAGGUAAAUGUGUCACAUUCGGGGUUAUUUUUUAGUGUCAUGCCAAGAAAUGUUUUUAUUGAGAAAUUUAGAUCAGAAAAUGUUUAAAACUCCAGGAAAUGUUUUGUGUAGACGGAUAUUAAAUGAUCAGAAGUUAAGGAACUGAUAAGUUAUUAAAACACAUGAAGCGAACGACCAGUGAAACACUUACUUUUAUUUUGAAACCUUAUCGGCUCGUCCUGCAUCAUAAACAACUGUUCUUAGUUCAAACGUGUGAUUCUAGAGCCUCACGGCGCUUUUAUUCCGUUUUCUAACUUUUCUUUUAUUGGGGGCUUAAUUUUUCUUUUUCCAGAUGUUUCUGUGGGAUUAAAUGAACUUCCGUUGCCAUGGACACGACCUUUAAACUCGGGGCCAACGCGAUGUGCUGCAAUGUCAAAGUGUUUUAAGGGGCUUUAUUGGAGGUUAAAGCAGAAACACAAACACGUCUCCUGUAACUUCUUCUUUUGUUCAUAAUGCAACGCACAUGUUAUGAAAUGUACAUAGUGUAAAAUAAAAAUGGGUUUGUUUUACAUACUGUAUAAUUGCCUAUAUUUUGUUUCAGAUUUAUGAGAUGAGGGUUAACACAUUAAAAAGAAGGAACUCGA